AUGCUUCAGUUGACCUUCCAGUUUUGUUUUCCUGGGAGUGUUGCAGAGGAGGAAAGUCGAGCCCCAUUGACGUCAUCAACAUGCGAUGCUGCUGUGGAAGUGUUUUCACUUCAGAGCGCCGUCACGAGUGUUUUCCAACUUCCGGUUGUUUCUCACAAAGUUCAAGGUGACCACGCAUCAUUAGAACUACUUUAUAUUCCUGGAAGCCUGUUGGAAAAGCAUGUGCUGCGCUCCAAAGAAACCGAUGAUCCUGACAUACGGGAUUCCUCAGUCAUAUCGGCAAUCAGAUCCGGUUGUGAUAUCGUUCCAGGCAUUUUAGAAGGCGGAUUCACCGUUUGGGAUGGAAGUAAAGAGCUCAUCACUGCCGUGUUGUUCAAUCUGUCUCACUCCGUGUUUCGUCACAAAACGGUCCUCGAGCUGGGUUGCGGCUGCGGAUUGCCUGGCCUCGCUGCAAUGAAGUUGGGCGCGAAACGUGUCACCUUCCAGGACUAUAACCGUGAUGUGCUGACCCAUUGGACCAUUCCCAAUGCCAAAUUGAACUUAGCUGCUUGUGAAUCGGCCGUUCCACACUUGGAUUUCGUCAGCGGCGACUGGCUCAGGUUGGCAGAACAUUGGGAAUCCUCGAGAACUCAUAAAUAUGAUAUUAUUUUGACCGCGGAAACAAUUUAUCGUCCUGAUUUGUAUCACAGGCUACUUCGGGUCAUAAAAGCGACAUUGGACCCUUGCGGAUCAGUAUUUAUGAUGUGUAAAGGAAGCUACGGCUCUGGUGGCAAUUUCAUGGACUUUCUGGAUAUUGUCAAUGCUGAAGACUCAUUUCAUGUUGACGUUGAACCGCUCGUUCUGAACGCGAUGGUUAAAUAUUUUGUAAAAAUCAGAUGGAAAUAUACUCAAUCAUCAAUCCUGUAUCCAUCGAUCUGAUAACAAAAGAAUUCGGCGCUCCACCUCGCCAUCGUGACCAGCACCGAUC